AUGAUGGCCGAGUCGACACCUACGACGGGACCGGUUAUUAUUUCUGGGCUUGGUGUUGGUGGCAUUCCAGUGCUGCAACCUCCACGACCGCCUUCAGUGCCUGGGACGGCGUCUCCAGCUGUCCCGCAGCAGCAUCGAGAAGUUCCGGUAGUGAGUGCACCAGUGCCAAUGGCGAACGUGUCUACGGGGAAUGUGCCGUUGAAGCUUCUGGGAAUGAAUCUAGGGAGAGCCGCGGAACUAAUGUUUCCCCUUCCACUGCCUCGUUCGUCAAUGGAGGUGAACAAGACGCCACCGAAGAUGGAGGGAAGCUUUAACCUCCUGCCAAAGCCACUUGUGUUGAGCUGUGCGAAAUGCGAACUGAGAUUACCCUGGCGUUAG